UCUCGAAAGGACUGCCACUCUCUAGGAAGCUCUAGAAACGUAAGGCAAGCUUCUUUUGUAUUAUGCUUGGUGCGUAAGCGGAGGGUGUCUUGCCCAUCUCUCUCUCAACUCUUCUCCCCUCUUCCACUUUCUGCAUUCUUUGCCAUCCUCUCCUUUCUCUCUACCAAGAACUCAAAAAGAAGCAUUCUCCAAAGGCCAAAUUUUGCUUGUACUACUGUUUUGCGGUGGCUUUCGACAGGCAGGAAUGGCUGAACCAGCAUACACUGUGGCAUCUGACAGUGAAACAACAGGGGAGGAGAAAUCUUCAUCUGCCUUUCCAGAAAUUGCAAUUGGAGUUGAUAUUGGAACAUCACAAUGCAGUGUCGCUAUCUGGAAUGGUUCACAAGUGGAGCUUCUCAAGAAUACUAGGAACCAGAAGUUGAUGCGGUCAUAUGUCACUUUCAAAGAUGAGAUUCCUUCAGGUGGAGUGAGCAAUCAACUUUCCCAUGAACAUGAAUUACUAUCCGGGGCUGCUAUCUUUAACAUGAAACGUCUAAUUGGACGAGUUGACACUGAUCCAGUUGUUCAUGCAAGCAAAAACCUUCCUUUUCUAGUUCAGACUUUGGACAUUGGUGUUCGUCCAUUAAUCGCAGCCUUGGUGAACAAUGUUUGGAGAUCCACCACACCUGAAGAAGUCCUUGCAAUAUUUCUGGUGGAAUUAAGAGUCAUGGCUGAAGGUCAAUUGAAGUGGCCCAUAAGAAAUGUUGUUUUGUCCAUCCCAGUUUCAUUCAGUCGUUUCCAAUUGACUCGAAUUUAUCGAGCUUGUGCAAUGGCUGGUCUUCAUGUUCUUAGAUUGAUGCCUGAACCAACUGCUGUGGCAUUACUCUAUGCACAGCAGCAGCAACAGAUGAUACAUGACAACAUGGGCAGUGGAAGUGAAAAGAUUGCUCUCAUUUUCAAUAUGGGUGCAGGGUAUUGUGAUGUUGCUGUAACAGCUACAGCUGGAGGAGUUUCACAGAUAAAAGCUUUAGCUGGAAGUGCAACUGGAGGAGAAGACCUUCUUCAGAACAUGAUGCGCCAUCUCUUGCCGGAUUCAGAGAACCUCUUCUUAGGGCACGGAAUUAAUGAGAUCAAAUUAAUGGGAUUACUUCGUGUUGCAACUCAGGAUGCCAUCCACAAGCUCUCUUCCCAAGACAAUGUCCAAAUUGAUGUAGAUUUGGGUAAUGGGUCAAGAAUAUGUAGGGUGGUGAACCGGGAGGAAUUUGAAGAAGUAAACAGGAACAUAUUUGAGAAGUGUGAGAGUCUCAUAAUCCAGUGCUUACAUGAUGCAAAGGUAGAGGUAGAUGAUUUGACUGAUGUAAUAGUUGUGGGUGGCUGUUCAUAUAUUCCAAAAAUAAGAGAUCUUGUCAAGCAUGUAUGUAAAAUAGAAGUUUACAAAGGUAUGAACCCUCUAGAAGCAGCAGUCUGUGGGGCAGCGCUAGAAGCAGCAGUGGCAUCAGGUAUCAGUGAUCCUUUUGGCAGCCUGGACUUGUUAACCAUUCAAGCCACACCUCUUGGAAUCGGGAUACGAGCUAAUGGGGAUAGAUUUGUGCCUAUUAUACCUGGAAACACAACAAUGCCAGCUCGGAAAGAACUGAUCUUCACAACUGUUAAUGAUAACCAGACUGAGGUAUUGAUUGUUGUCUAUGAAGGUGAAACGGAGAAGGCAGAAGAGAAUCAUCUGCUGGGCUAUUUCAAGAUAAUGGGAAUUCCUCCAGCACCUAAAGGAGUUCCAGAGAUAAAUGUUUGCAUGGACAUUGAUGCAUCAAAUGUGCUGAGAGUUUUGGCUGGGGUCAUACUGCCAGGUUCUCAACAACCUGCAGUUCCUGUAAUGGAAGUAAGGAUGCCAACUGUUGACGAUGGGCAUGGUUGGUGUGCUGAAGCUCUGCAUAGAUCAUACGGCUCUACUCUAGACUUAGUGACAGUACAGAAGAAGGUAUAAUAUGAGGCUUAAAUGCCAGCUCUUGUUGCUUGUUUGAUUUGAAUGUUAUGUUUUUUCGCCCAGAGAAAAUCAGUGUCUGCAACAACAGUUGUAUAAUGUGUUUUUCAUACUUGCAUUAAUGUCGACUGUUGUAAUGAAAUAAAGCAACUAAAAGCUACUUUGGUGCUAUGUUUCAUAAAAUCAAAGUUGUGUCUU